AUGAUCACUGCAGUGUUGCUGAUCGUUCUGUCUUUACUGCCGAGUGACAACAUCGCCGGCAGUCAUGCAAGACAGAGACCUUGUUCGCUCCAGCUACACACCCUGUGGGCUCCUCCGAUUCAUCCAAGAACUCUCGGUUUGAGGGGAGGCCUCCUUGAGUGCUGCCCUGAAUAUCCUAAAGCAUCUUCGGGAGAUGGAAGCGAGGAAGGAGUAGAAGACGUCGACGCGCUUCCGGACUCGUACGAUGAAGGCGAUGAGGGAGAGGUCGAUGGCUCGGACGAUGCGAGGGACGGUGACGAGGCCUCCGAAGUAGAUCACCUGCAACGGAUGCUGCAACAGGUCUUGAAGUCAAACUCAAGCGCUGAAUUUCAACAAGCAUUAGACGAGCACCCGGGGCCAGGCUUUGAGAAGCAUAUGCUUCUUGAAGACAAGGAAUACCCCGGCUUGCCCAAGGAGGGCGACGAUGUCUUCUUUCAUUUCCAGGUCUUGUUCAAUAACUCUGUCACUUUUGAUUCGGCUCGUCAAAACUACACACCCAUGACAGCUAUCCGCAUGCACAUGGAAGAAGAAAGGCUUUCAGUCCCAAUAGACGUCACCCCAGUGAGCCUCUCCCCAGUGACAGAUCCGACCUGCAGGCUCUCGCUGGCGCUGAACCCAGUGAAGUUCUGGCACUCAGCUCUUUCAAGUAUGAGACGAGGAGAGAAAAGCCUCUUCGCACUGCAUGGUUAUAACCUUGAAGACCUGUUUGUCAACACGUCGUUCCUGGGAGAACAAGCAGGAAGCGAUUUGGAGCUCAGGAUCACCAUCCAUCUCUUUGAGUUUGGACGCAACGACAUGUUUGGUGAUGGCAGGAUCUUGUUUGAGUGUCUGCAUUGGGGGGGAGGGGAUGAACCCCCAGAGGUCAAUGACGAAGUCUACCUGACGCUGUCCUGGUCCAGCCCAGGGGGUGUGACGAGCAUGGACAGGCUCACAAGGCCCCUGAGCGAUGGCGAGCAAGGAGGAGAGAGUAAGAGAGGUUGGGUCAGGCUGGGCUCCGGUAAGUGGCCUCAAGGGGUUGAGGACGUCAUCACCUCUCGCUUCCACCGCGGCACUCGCGGCCUCGUCCAUGUCUGUCACCUUGACGCUGACGCUGCUUCUUGGGAGGGAGAGAGUCUGAGGAACAAGCAGGCCUGCUCUCCGCUCGUCUUCCCGAUGCCUCCAGUGCCGUUGGAUGGUUGGCCAGCAGGAGACGUCAAGUACCUGCUGCUCCCCCCGCACUUGGCUGCAGCUCAGGUCUGCACUCUCGACAUCACCCUGCACUGCUGGAACAGGGUCCUCCGAGUCCCGCGACUCAUCAGCUCGCUUCCAGCUGGUCAAGCACUCAUGCGAGUCUUCAACCAGUCGGACAUCACGAAGCACUACAUGCUCGAGACUGACCAAGUCCACCUCCUCCUCCAGCAGACUCUCGUCUCUUCGCACCUCCUCUCUCCCCCAGCUCAGCUCAGCUCGCUUGACCUCUCGCCCCUGACCUUCCGCGAGUAUCAAACGCGCGUAGGUGACGGCGAGCUGCCGCUGGCGCUGGAAGCUGCUUUGCUGGAGCUGCAGGGCAUCAGGCACCUCCAGCUGCUCGUUCCCGGGGGCCUGGGGCUCGACAGCGUCGGGGCAGGGGAGGGAGGCAACUUCCAGGAGCAGGCGAGCAGCGGACAAGCGCUCCUUCUCGAAGCUCGAGUACUCCACGUCUCCCCAAGGGAGUGGACCGACGAGCUGGAAGGCGUGCUGGAGCAUGCUCGUCGCAGGCACCAGCAGGGGGUCCAGCUCUACUUGCACAACCUGACGGCGGCAGCACUUGUCAAGUUCUCGUCGGCACUGAAGCUGACGCAGUACAUGCUGCACCACAAUAUGGAGGAGAGGAACAGGGUGGACAUGACGAGCGUGAUGGAGCGCCUAGAGGAAGACUGCCCGAGCAUCUUCAACCUGGGACGCCCCGAGUGCAGGCCGGCAGAGGAGGAGGAUGCGGUCGAAGAGAAUCGACUGAGCGACGAGCUGAAGCGGGAAGUCAAGAAGUUUCACUUCGACCUCCUGCUGAACGCAGCUCAGUGCAUGCUCAAGGAGCAGCAGUGGCAACAGGUCAUCGCGCUGUGCGAUCGCGCAGAAGUCAUCCAGAAGAGCGUGAAGCUUUUCUUCCGCCGUGCAAGAGCGCAUCAAAUGCUGAAGGAUUAUUCGGCGGCAGAAGCAGACCUUCGGGCAGCGCUCGCCAAGUCGCCAGGGAACAAGUUGGUAGAGAGAGAGCUGAGGUAA